GUUUCGACAGGACAAAGAACUGGUAACACAACUUUUUUAAUUAAAGGAAAACAUGAAGAUGUCAUGAGAGCUAAGCGUGAUUUAUUAGAUAAUUUAGCCGUUAAAAGUGAAGAAGUUAUUCAAAUCCCAAUUUCUGCUCGUCGUUAUAUUCUUGGAUCGCGUGGUGUAACUUUACAAACUAUUACGCAUGAAACUAGUACUAGAAUUCAACUUCCACCUCGCCAAGAAAAUCAUAAUGAAGAGAAAUCUGAACUUGAUUAUGAUGAGGAUGAAGAAAUGAUGGACGUUAAAAUAGAAGGUGAUGCGAAAGGUAUUAGUUUAGCCAAAGAAAAAAUUGAAGCCAUCGUAAAUAACAGGGUAACCACGCGAGUUCAUAAAAUUACUCAUAUUGAGCACCACUAUUAUCCACUUAUUUCGGGUGCUCAUAACGCACAUAUUAAUCAAAUUAGCAACGAAACUGGUGCCAGAAUCUACAUUCCUCCUUUUCUUUCUACGGAAUCAGCUGAAGGCUACGAAUGUUCUUCCAAAGAUGCUAUUAGUAUUUCUGGUGACAAAGAGGCUGUUAAGAAGGCGUUGGAUAAAAUUGAAGGAAUCUAUGAAGGAUUGAAAAGUAAUACUACCACACUCGAUGUAAACAUUCCAAAACCUCAACAUAAAUACCUCAUUGGUUCAAAAGGAUCUAAUCUUCAGGAAAUUCUUGAAAAAACCGGUUGUUCUUUAGAACUCGCGCCAUUGUCUCACCCUUCAGAAAAAGUUACGAUUCGAGGAAUACAAAACCAGCUUGUUGUAGCGCUUCAAAUUGUGAUGGAUAAGGCCAGCUCAAUUCGAGUUCAAACCCUGGAUAUUACCAAGAUUCACAAAACUGAUCAACCUUUGGAACAUGCCAAAAAUAUAUUGAAAUAUUUAUGGAACAGGAACAAGUUAAAAAAGAUUGAAAGCGACACAGGAGUUCAAAUUAUUGUACCAAAAGGACCAGCUUUAGAAAAAGCUGUUGUUUUGGAAUUUGUUGGUAAGGUUCUUGAAGAAGUGGAAAAUGCACGAAAAGAAGUCAGUGAAAUAGUUAAAGGUUUAUCUCCAAAUUAUUUCGCCGUUGCGACUAUUGAACCUCAUUUGCAUCGACAUAUAAUUGGUCGUAAAGGACAAAAUCUCCAACGAGUUAAAGAUACAUAUGGCGUUGAGAUUAUUGUUCCUGACGAAAAAGACGAAAGUCCGGAUAUAUUGAUUGUAUUUGAAGGAAAAGAAGGUGAAGAAAUUCCUUCUGAUAGGAAGAAAAAGGAAACAUAUAUCAAAGAUGUUUUAGAAAAGGCUAAAACUGAAUUGGUCAAAGCAGGACAAGAUGCUUCUGAUUUUGCUACACAAACUCUCACUAUUCCGGUACGUUUUCAUCGAUAUAUUAUUGGCCCAAAAGGUAAUACACUUAACAACAUUACCGGAGGAAAUGAUGCACCCGUUUCUGUUAAGUUUGGAUCUUCUCGAACUGGUGCAGCAGAACGUUCUGCAAAUGCUGAAGGUAAAAAGCUUGUCAACGUGCCGAUUUCUGAUGACAUUGUCAUAAUUAAAGGCCCAACUGAUGAAGUUGAGAGAGUUGUUAAUGAAAUUAAAAAUGUAGUCGAUAACGCUAAACACAUUGAGAUCAUGAAUUCUUAUACGGAGGAAUUUACCUUUCCUGCACAGUAUUCUGCUCACGUAAUUGGUAAAGGUGGUGCACACGUGAAUCGUUUAAAGGAAAGUUUAAGUGUUAAAAUUGAUAUUGAAGGUGGUGCCAAAGGGGAGGAAAAGAAAACUAAUCCGGGUGAAAAUGUUAAAGUUACUAUUAUGGGAAUGAAGAGUAAUGUAGAAAAGGCAAAAGAAAAAAUUUUAGAUCUGAUAGAUAAAUUGCAGGAUGCUACUGUAAUUCAUUUAAAGGUUCCUGCCGAAUACCAUAAAUCGUUGAUUGGUGCAAAAGGUCGUUAUGUAAAACGUCUCGAAGAAAAAUAUGGAGUACACAUUCGUUUUCCAAAAACAAACCAAGCUAAUGGAGAAGGUGAAGAAGACAUUUAUGCCCAAAAACCCGAUGAAGUUAUUAUAAAAGGCGGGAAGAAAGGAGUAAAUGAUGCAAAAACAGAAUUACUGGAAUUACUGGAUUAUGAAAAGGAUCAUGACCAUUCUAUUAACUUCAAAAUUCCUGCUAAAUAUCUUCCACAUAUUGUUGGUAAAAAUGGUUCUAGAAUCACAGAAAUUAAAUAUGAUACCUUUACACGCAUUGAUCUAGGUCGACCAGAAAUUUUGGAGGAUGGUUCAGAACAAGAAGUUGCGAAUGUUGUUAUUCAUGGAACAAAGUCUGAUAUUUGUAAUGCUCAAGAAAAAAUUCUUAAUAUCGUAAAAGAACUUGAAAAUCAGAUUACUCUUACUAUACAUAUAGACCCUCAACAUCAUAAAUAUUUAAUUGGUCCAGGUGGAAGCCGUAUUCGCGAAACUGUUGCGAAUGUAAGCGGGUCAGAAGAAAAAGGUAGUCAAGCCGGUGUUGUAAAGUUUCCUCGCCCUGGUGAUAACAGUGAUGAGGUGAUCCUUAAAGGAGAUAAAGAACUUGUUGAAAAGGUUAAACUUGAGUUAGAAAGAUUAGUUGAAGAACAAAAUAACCUAAAAGUUGGUAUAGUUCAAAUACCACGGGCUCAGCACCCAAUAAUCAUCGGUCGUAAUGCAAAUCAGCUUAAAGAAAUCCAAUCUCGCUUUAAUGUUGAAAUUCAAUUUCCUGGUUCAAGAUCUUAUCAUGAUACUCCUAUUGCGGAAAUUUCUAUUGAAGAAAUUGAAAAUAGUGAGGAAGCAGUAAAGAUCAUUGGCAAAGAGGAAAAUAUUGAAGCUGCUAAAGCCGAUAUUUUAUCUAGAAUUAGGUAUGUUCAUACCGUGAAUAUACCACGUAAAUUUCACUGUGCAGUUUUCGCAAACGGUUCUACUAUUCGAAAACUGAGGAAUGAAUUUCAUGUCAUUGUUGAUCAUGGUGAAGAAAUACCACCUGAAAAAAAUGACUUGCAAUUUAUAAAACUUAAUGAUGAAGCUUCGAUAAAGGAAAAUGAUCUUGAAAAUGAAAGUUCUCUAUCAAAGAGAGAUUAUGAAAUUUUUGAAAAUUAUGGCGAAGAAGUUGGUGAUAUUUCCUGGAAUUUGAAAGGGGAAAAAUCGCAAGUCGAAAAAGCAGAAGUAUAUCUUAGAGAGUUAAUAGAAGAGGCGAGUAACUUUACUCAUACGGGACAUAUUACUAUUCCUCAACAAUAUCAUCGUCAUAUUAUUGGCCGAGGGGGUGCAACUAUUACUCGUAUUCGCACUGAAAGUGGAUGCAAGAUAGAGGUGCCUAAAAUCAAAGGCGACGAUAAUGUGAUCGUGACUGGAUCACAAAGAGGAAUUGACGAAGCGUACAGGUUAUUAAAUGACAUUGUAGAACGAGCUGAAAAGAAUAUUCAUUAAAAUCUUUCUUAACCAUCACUUUGCAUAAGAAAAAUAAGAAAAGAAUUAUUACUAGAAUAUUUAAAAAAAAAAUGAUUACUGUUUACACUUAAACAUUUGUCAAUGUGUAUAGUUAGUAUCAAU